GUGCUGCCCUGUUACAGGUAUCGAGUACAAGUGCAUGCCAACAACAAUGCGCGCAUUGUGCAUUUGUUUUUCGCUUUAAAAAACAAUAAAAAUUGUACAUAUCGUGCGUGCACAAUAUAUGUAAACUGACUGUAGGGUGCAUAUAACAGUGAACAAUAAUGGGUGCCGAGAGACAAUAAUAUUAAUAAGUGAAAAACAAACAAAAAGUGAAUCAGAACACACGCACACAUAUUCAAAGCAAAGCAUAUACUGGCACACACGUACAUACACCUGCAACCCGCAACACCCGCUCGCUCUAAAACCAGAAAUAAGUGCAAGUGAAGCAGCAGCGACGGCCACAAACAGACAGCAUAAGCAAUUGGGGAAAAAUAGCUGCAGCAAAGCAGAAAGAAAGGGAACAAACGUGACAACGAGAAGCAAAAGUGGAAGUGCAGCUCCACCCCCAAUUUGGUACUGCAGCAGCAGCAGCAACAGCAACAUCAACAACAUCAGUCACAUUCGAGCCAUGGCGCAGCUCUAUCAACAAUAAAACAACAACAGCAACGAGGCGCACGCUUCGCUGCCCUCGCGACAGCAUUUCAAGCUUCGUCGGCGCUGCGCUGCGUUUGGAAAUAAUUAGACUCCACUUUAGUAGCAAUUUUCUGGCAGCAGCAGCAGCAACAAAAGAACAAAAAAGAAAAAGAAAAAAAUCGAAAACAAAAAUUAAUUAAUUUCAUAUAUCCAAAAUGGAGCUGAAAGUUUGGGUUGAGGGCAUACAGCGUAUUGUUUGUGGUGUAACGGUAAACACGACCUGCCAGGAUGUCGUUUUUGCCUUGGCUCAUGCCACAGGCAAAGUGGGUCGCUUUACGCUAAUCGAACGCUGGCGCAAUAAUGAGCGACAUCUUGCGCCCAAUGAGAAUCCGAUGAAGCUGCUGCUCAAAUGGGGCGAGUAUGCAAAUGAUGUGCAAUUUAUAUUGCAGCGAUCCGAGAACAAGCAGCAACAACAGCAGCAGCCCACGCCACAGCAACAGCAGCAACAACAACAACAACAACAACAGCAGCAGUCUAAUAACAACUAUGCAGUCAUGACUACAAAAAAGCCGCUGGGCCCCAGCAAUAACAACAACAGUAUUGAGAGCAAAUUGCCGCCGCCGCCACCAUUACAGAAACAAAAGUCGAGCGUAGAACUGGGAUAUCGAACAAAAGAGCUGAAAAAAAGUUUUGGCGGCUAUGAUGCCAAACAAUUCGACAACAUUGGCAUAGUUAAAGGCAUACCACAGCAGCAGCAGCAGCAACAGCUACAACAACAGCAGCAGCAACAAUUGCUGCCGCAAUCCAACAAAGCGGUGCCAUUACUGCCCAAGCAUGAGAAAUCUCUCUCAAAUCCAUUGGACAUGAGCAGUAGUAGCAGCAGCAAUGCGAACGCUUCAAAUGAUUACACCGAUUUCUACAACAACAAUAACAACAACAACAUCAAUGCCAACAACAACAACAAUCAACACAUUUACAGUCAGCUGAGCAAAUCCAGCAAUGAACUGCGACGCGCUAGUCCGAAUGAAUAUAUCAACAGCAACAGCAACAACAACAACAACAAUAGGAAUGAGCAUCUAUGCGAUAUUUAUGUCAAUAGCAACAUUAGCAGCAACAACAACAAUAACAAUAACAACUCACCAGAGCUGUACAAGCAAACGCCCACGAUUUCAUCAAAUGGUGCCCUGGUGCCACCGCCUUAUCGUGAUCCUCCGCCACCUCGCAACAGUCCCAUGUGCCAGAUGCCUCGCUUGCCACCCAGCAGCAGCGCUGCUGAGACCAUAUCCAAUACAUCCUCUACAACAAAUCCAUUUCUCAGCGACUACGAGGCGCACAGCAACAACAACAACAACAAUAAUAAUAACAAUGCGAGUCAUCAGUGCAUGGAUGAGGGCGAGAGCAUGUUUCAAGCCACGCAAUAUAAUGAUCUGUUGCAGUUAAUCAAGUUUCAGCGCGAGAAAAUUACCGCACAACAAUUGGAGCUGCAAAAGUUUGAUUCGGAAAUCGUUUUUCUGGAGAGCAGAGAGCGUGAUCAUGCGAUUGAAUUGGAAGUCAUAUCAAGAGAAAUAUCUAAAGCGGAUCAAAUAUUUCGUCAAGGCAGCGAACAGUUGCAAACACUGCAAUAUGUUGAGGAAGAGAACGAACUGGUCAAGCAGCAGGAGAAGACGCUUAAGUCAGAAAUCGCAUUGCUUCGCUCCAAGCUGGCUAAUUGUGAGACUGAACUGCUGCAGUGCAAAAACAAAAUGCGUUUGCUGAUGGACGACAUUGAACUGGAACAGCAGCAGCAGAACAACAGACAAACUGUGGAACGUGACUUCCUUAUGGAAAUGGAGCGAAUACAAAGUGAUAUUGAUCAGGCACUGCACAACACGGACACAUCGAACAAAACGGCUGAUAAUCUCAAAAAGGAGUUGCUCAUGAUAGAGCAUGCCAUUGCCGACAAGAAGCGACAGGUGGAGCAGCUUGUCAACGAAAUGAAGGAGGUAAAUCUACAAAGCCUGACCGUAACCACCACCGAGGAGAUCAAGCAUCUGCUUGAAGGACCCAACAAACAGGGCAGUAGUCGUCGCAUUAUCGGCUCACCGCGACAGUUGGAGACGGCUGUGCCCACCAGCAAGAACCCUCACGGAGUUUGGGUUUAAGCGACAGCAUAAACAUUGAAAUGCAACGAAAUAUUUUUUACACUCAAACAAUUUGGGGGAACAAAAGACAAAAGAUAAGGAAAUGAUUCACAUAUCUAUUAUGCAUGCAGCGCGAACUCUAAAUAUAUAUUUAUAUAUAAAUAUCACAAUAUUUGCAAAGGACACAAAUUUACAACGAUAAAGUGCAUAUUUUUCUUCGAAAACAAAAACAAAUUAAUGAAAUGAAAACAAAAACACCUUAUGGAUCUCUUCAAGCAAUGUUAAUUGUUACAAAUUUUUAGACACAGCCCACACAAUAAUAUUUUAUUAGUGCACAAACAAAUUUCGCAAAACUUUUAUAACGUUCAUUUAACUAGAUGAAUUUUAAGAUAAUCACAUGCCCACAAAUUUAUGUUUAUAAUUUAAUUGUACUUAAUCUUUUGUGCUAUAACUAAUGAAUCGUUUAACUUUUAACUUUGAAACAUACUUAAUGAAUAGAACAUAUUAUGUUGCUAGUCUAUAAAAUUUAUUUCAAUCAUUCUCCAUACGCCAUUAGAUAUCGAAAAUUGUUGCAAUAAUUGAAUCUAAACGAAACUGUAAAACACGCCUUGAUUUAACAUUUAAGUUGUGCUGUUAGUGAUUGAUAACCCAUUCCAUUCUAAAUAGAAUUAUAUUUAUAAUUAUUAUUAAAUAUGUACUUAGCACUUAGCGCAGCUUUAGCAAAGGAACAAAUUAGCAAUUGCUUUGUUGUCAACUGUUUCCGCGUGGAAAGUGUUUAGAAAACGCUUAACUAUAGUCGAAAAUUGCGAAAUGUGUUAAACAAUUAGUACUUAACGCAUAUUUGUAGCUUUUUUUGCAAAAUGCAUUCCGAUUUUAUAUAAUUAUAGAAACAUUCAAUAUUAAAAGAAAACAUUUAUAGCAAAAGCAUUUUUUGCUUAGGGCUAUGUCACAGCAAUAUACAUACUAUAUGUUUAUAAUACAUAAGUAAAUAACUAAUAAUUCAACUAAAGACACAAAAAUUUUAGAACAAAUUCUAAUUGCAUUAUAACUAUUAGCUAAUAAAUAAAACAGUUUUUAUAA